UUUAUAUAUCGUUAACGCACUUCCUAAACUCCUUCAACAAGUUCGUCAUACGCACUUUACAAAUUUUAAAAGGUUUGUCAAAAUAAUGUUCCUUCUGACCAUCCUAACAUUGCAGAAACACAGGAGUGUAAGCCGUGUCUGUCUGUCUGGCACAGGUCCACCAGUUUUUAAAGAUAAAACCAAUGGAGAGUGGAUUGCCAGACCAGAAAUGUCUACUGUGGAAAUUAAAUGUGUUGCUUGUGGAAAACCAAAACCUACCAUUAAGUGGUAUAAAAACAAGCAAUACAUUGAUCCUGGCAUGAAGGGAGGACACUACCAUAUAAGAAAAUGGAAACUUUCUAUUUUAAAUUUGGAAAAAAUGGACGAAGGACAAUAUACCUGUGUAUUAGAAAAUACACAGGGUAUAUUAAAUUUUACCUUUAAAAUUGAAGUUCUUCAAUUGACAAUAAUGACAAAACCAAUUGGUUUGGGACCAAAUAACCAGACAGUUCAAGCCGGGAGUGAUGCUAGGUUUGAGUGUAAAGUGUUGAGAAAUGACCUACAGCACCAUACACAAUGGUUACAACAAUACACAGUCAAUGGUUCCUAUCGAGACGAUGAAAACCAGCCAUAUGUCAACAUCAUACAGCAAUCCAUGGUGAAUUUAAGUCACCCAGAAAUACUGACAAUAAAGAAUGUAACAAAAGAUAAUGCUGGAUGGUAUGGUUGCUUGAUUUCUAAUCCACUUGGUAGAUAUUACCAGACUGCCUGGCUAACAGUUUUAGAUGAACAAGCAGAAGCAGUAGACAUUAGUUCAGGAGGAACAAACGAUAAAGAGCAAAUAGUAAUCUACAUUAUCGGUGGUGUCGCAUCAGUAGUUGUUCUCUUCCUGUUACUCCUGAUAUUUAAAUGUUAUAGACAUUACAAGAGGGUACAGUCCAGCAAAUAUAGAAAUGUCAAGAGAGUAAUUGUCAUGACACAGAAUGAAAAUUACCAUCCAUACAAAUCUUAUGAUGGUACACAACCAUUUGUUUUACCCACAAUCAGAAUUGAACCUGGUCCAAGAAGACGCUUGUCAUCUGAUUUGACCAUGAUGUCAGAGUAUGAUCUCCCUCUGGACAAACACUGGGAAUUUAGACGGGAACAGUUAUCACUUGGUGAACCUCUUGGGGAAGGAGCAUUUGGUAAAGUUUUUAAAGCAGAAGCUGUUGGUUUAAAUAAAGCUCCAACAACUGCCAUAGCAGUCAAGAUGUUGAAGGAGGAUGCAACCGAUAGAGAAUUGACAGAUUUAAUGCAAGAAAUGGAAGUGAUGAAAUUAAUAGGAUGCCAUGAAAAUAUCAUUAAUUUCCUGGGAUGUUGUACACAAAAUGGGCCAUUAUAUGUAUUGGUUGAACUUGCUCCACAUGGUAACAUGCGAGACUACUUGAGAUCAAGAAGACCACAUAAUUCUGCAGGAUACAAAAAGCAAGAUUUAGAAAAAGGCUCAUUCAAACCAUUAACAGAAAAAGACUUGAUAUCAUAUGCCUACCAGAUAGCCAGAGGAAUGGAAUACCUGGCAUAUAGAAAGGUUAGAUUUAGAUUUAAACUUUUUUGUGAAUAA